UUCCCUCCCCCCACGUGUGUACAUCGGUCUCGGGUGGAAUGAUUGUUGAUGUACACCUAUGAGUAGAAACGUAUCAAAAUUACUGUUGUAAUAUAUAUUUAUCGGAGUAAUGUUGAAAUCAAAAACUUUCGUAAAGAAAACCCGAUCAGGCGGGAUCAUGAAAAUAGUCCGUGAGCAUUACCUGCGAGACGAUAUUUGGUGCGGAAGUGAAGUUUGUACAGAAUGCAAGCAAGAAGAGACUGUGUUGCAGAAAGACGCUUGCAUUGAAAGCAACUUGUGUUCUUUCCCACACUAUUUACUCCCAGACACAAAUAUUGUGUUGAGCCAGAUUGAUAUCCUGGAGGAUCCCUUGAUCAAGAACGUGAUCAUUCUGCAGACUGUACUCCAAGAGGUCCGCCACAGGAGCGCUCCCAUCUACAAGCGGUUGAAAGACAUCCUUCACGACAAGGAAAAACACUUUUACACUUUCACUAACGAACAUCACAGAGAAACGUAUAUAGAGAGAGAGCAGGGGGAAAGCGCCAACGAUCGUAAUGACAGAGCCAUCCGCAUAUCUACCAAGUGGUACAGCGAUCACCUGAACAACACCCCUACUACGGACAAGAGGUUAAAGGUUGUUUUGCUGACCAACGACCGGGGCAACAAGGAGAAAGCAGAGGAGUCCGGCCUGCUCACAUACAGAUGUGAGGAGUACGUCAAGAGUCUGAUAGCCAACCCUGAGCUGGUGGAUCGACUGGCUUUGACCAACGAUGACAAGAAUGAGAUCACCAGCAGUAAGGUGUUGUUCCCGGAGCACCUGCCCCUGUCUAGGAUCCAGUCUGGGAUUAAGAGUGGGACUUUCCAACAGGGAACGUUCCGGGCUAGCAGAGACAACUACCUGGAGGCUACUGUGUUUGUCCACGGAGAAGGAGAUGACAGUACAGAGGUUCUGAUCCAAGGCCUGCAGAACCUGAACAGGGCUGUCCAUCAGGACCUGGUUGCUGUGGAGAUCCUGCCUCUGAACCAAUGGGUGGCUCCGUCCUCUGUGGUGCUGCAGGACGAGGGGCCCAAGGAGGAUGAUGUCACAGAGGAGGAGGAGGCAGAGUUGAAGAGUGGUCCGUCUGGGGCGGCGUCACGGAAGCCCACAGGCAGGGUGGUGGGCAUCAUCAAGAGGAACUGGAGACCCUUCUGUGGCAUGCUCUUCCUGUCCCAAAUCAAAGAGGCGACCCGUCACCUCUUCACCCCAGCCGACCGCCGUAUCCCCAGGAUCCGUAUAGAGACGCGCCAGGCGGCCACGUUGGCAGGACAGAGGAUCAUGGUGGCCGUUGACGGCUGGCCCAAGCACUCCAGAUACCCUAAUGGCCAUUUUGUUCGUAGUCUGGGAAGUGCAGGGGACAAGGAGACGGAGACGGAGGUGCUACUGCUGGAGCAUGAUGUCCCUCACCAGGACUUCUCACAGGCCGUCCUCAGUUUCCUCCCCAAGAUGCCCUGGAACAUCACAGAGGAGGACAUGGCUGUGAGAGAGGACCUGAGGAACCUGACCGUCUGCAGUGUGGAUCCUCCUGGCUGUACGGACAUAGAUGAUGCUCUGCACUGUAGAGACCUGCCCAAUGGAAACCAAGAGGUUGGUGUCCACAUUGCUGAUGUGAGCCACUUCAUCCGGCCAGGCAACGCUAUGGACCUGGAGGCUGCUAACAGAGGAACUACAGUCUACCUGACUGGAAGGAGGAUCGACAUGGUUCCUGAACUGCUGAGCUCCAACCUGUGUUCUCUACGGUCCAGUGUGGAGAGGCUGGCCUUCUCUUGUAUAUGGGAGAUCAACGACAAGGCUGAGAUAGUCAAGACCAGAUUCACUAAAAGUGUCAUCAACUCCAAGGCCUCGCUGACGUACGCCGAGGCCCAGAUGAGGAUUGAUGACGCCAACAUGAAUGAUGACACCACCAAGAGCUUACGAGGCCUGAACAGACUAGCCAAGAUCCUGAAGAAACGGAGGAUAGAGAAAGGGUGAGUUUUACCUUGUCACUGGGUUAUAACAUCCAGCAGUAGAUCUCUGCUCAGAGACUUGAUGUUCACGCUGUAUCGGUGGGUUCAAAUUCAAAUAACUUUAUUGUUCCCCAGGGAGACCAACUCGAUGGUGGAGGAGUUCAUGUUGCUGGCCAACAUCUCAGUAGCUCAGAAGAUUUAUGAUGAGUUCUCAGAGUGCGCUCUUCUCAGGAAGCACCCCGCCCCUCCUCCAUCUAACUACGACAUCCUCAACAAGGCUGCCAAGUCUAAGGACAUGGUGAUCCACACGGACUCGGCCAAGGCUCUAGCUGACUCUCUGGACGCGGCCCAGGUGGACGGCUUCCCUUACUUCAACACCUUGCUGCGUAUCCUAGCAACACGCUGCAUGAUGCAGGCUGUGUACUUCUGCUCCGGGAUGGACAGUGACUUCCACCACUAUGGACUGGCCUCUCCCAUCUACACACACUUCACCUCACCUAUCAGACGAUACUCUGACAUCAUCGUGCAUCGGCUGCUGGCUGUAGCCAUUGGAGCAGACAGCACUUACCCAGACCUGAUGGACAAACACAAGCAGUCUGCCCUCUGCAACAACCUCAACUACAGACACAAGAUGGCCCAGUACGCACAGCGAGCCUCUGUAGCCUACCACACACAGCUGUUCUUCAAGAGCAGAGGCAUCCUGAACGAAGAGGGCUUCAUCCUGUUUGUGAGGAAGAACGCCAUCAUCGUCCUCAUCCCUAAGUUUGGUCUGGAGGGAACGGUGUUCUUUGAGAACAAAGAUAAACCCAGCCCCAAACUGAUCUUCAACGAAGAGGCUCCUAGUCUGACGGUGGAGGGCCACUCCUUCAACAUGUUUGACAAGGUCAAAGUGACCAUCAGUCUGGAUGCGUCCAACGUCCAGCACCAGAAGAUCAGGAUGUCCCUGGUCGAACCUGUGAUCUCUGGAGUGAGUGUGGCGCCGUCUGAACCAGAACCAGAGGUCAAGAGAGCCAAACUGGACCGUUGAACAACACCAUCCUCAGACUGAAACUCUUCUCCGAGCUCAGUUUAGAGUUAUUUUAAAUGUUUAGCUUUUCUACAUUACAAUCACAGAACAUCCUGUGGUUAAUAUGGUUAUGAUUUUAAAACCUUCAGUCAGAACCUUUUUUCCUUGAAUGUCAUCUUUCCAGGUAAAUGUUAAUGGGAUGCCAGUAACCUAUAGAAUGUUAAUGGGAUGCCAGUAACCUAUAGAAUGCCAGUAACCUAUAGAAUGUUAAUGGGAUGCCAGUAACCUAUAGAAUGUUAAUGGGAUGCCAGUAACCUAUAGAAUGUCAUCUUUCCAGGUAAAUGUUAAUGGGAUGCCAGUAACCUAUAGAAUGUCAUCUUUCCAGGUAAAUGUUAAUGGGAUGCCAGUAACCUAUAGAAUGGGAUGAUAUACUGUGGCAAGACAAUGAUAUAUUGUAUUUCUAGUCCUGACCCAUGGGGUUUGUACGGUCUAUUCUGGACGGAAUGUUACCUUGUACAACUCUCAAUAAAGCUCCUGGUUUUAGCCAAUAUUCCUUUUCUCA